GCGCGGUCACGUGGCCCCGGCAACCUCGCUCCCUCUGCGCUCCGCCAUGGCUGCGGCGGCCGCCGCCGGCUCCCUGCUCCUCUGCCUGCUCGGCCUGGCGCUGCCCGGCGGCAGCGCGCUGCACACCAAGGGCUCCGUGCCCCUCGACACCAUCACCUUUUACAAGGUCAUUCCAAAGCAUAAGUUUGUCCUUGUGAAAUUCGACACACAAUAUCCUUACGGUGAGAAACAAGAUGAGUUUAAAAAGCUGGCAGAGAGCUCAGGCUCCAGUGAGGAUCUUCUGGUGGCUGAAGUGGGAAUAUCAGAUUACGGUGAUAAACUGAACACUGAGCUGGGAGAAAAGUACAAGCUGGAUAAGGAGAAGUUCCCUAUUUUUUACUUGUUCCAGGAUGGUGACUUUGACAAUCCCUUACCUUACAGCGGCCAUAUCAAGGCCGGGGCUAUUCAGCGCUGGCUGAAGAGUAACGGCAUCUACCUGGGGAUGCCAGGCUGCCUCAAAGAGUACGACAUGCUGGCCAGCAAGUUUGUGAGCACCACUGAGAAAUCGGAACGCCAGUCCCUCCUGAAAAAGGGGCAAGAGAGUUUAGAAAAAACAAAAGAAACCGAGAAGAAGUCAGCUGAGCAAUACUUGAAAAUUAUGAGCAAGAUACUGGAGCAGGGAGAAGAGUUUGCUGCUAACGAAGUCGUCCGAAUCACAAAACUGAUCGAGAAGAACAAAAUGAGUGAUGGAAAAAAGGAGGAGCUCCAGAAAAGCCUCAAUAUCCUUGCUUCUUUCCUGAAGAAGAAUAAUGAAAAAGAUGAGCUCUAAUAUGUUGGAGAACUUUGUACAAGCUGUGAAACACUGUCAAGAGUCCUAACCAGUUCUCCUUAUGCAAGCAAACUUCCCGCUGACUUCAAGAGAGCAGCAGAUUUCCUUCUGGUAUUCUUAGUUUAGAAGAUCGAGAGGAAGAUAUUCCUUAAAACCACAGUAUUCUAAAUGUUGGGAAAAUCAUCUUAAAGCAAGAUGCCAGUAUUGUGUAAUACUAUUCAAUAACAGUGUUAAAGUAGACCCCAAAAAAAAAAAAAUACUAAAUUGGCCUGAA